GUCAAUACAAUCCGCCGGGUAACUACAUGCGGUUCUGGCUGACGGUGUACCCGUGGGUGGGGAUGAACACGUGGCUUUGGUCGGCGGUGUUUCAUGCGAGGGAUGUGCCUUGGACGGAAGCGGCCGAUUAUUUCUUCGCCCUAUUGAACAUCUUCUUCGUCGUGUGGGUGGCGUUUGUGCGGUUGGCAGGCCCGCCCAGGAAUCGAAGUCACCGGUUACGCAAGCUGGUGCCCACGGUAGGCGUGUCGAUGACUGUGUACUACCUGCUGCACAUCUCCUACAUGUGGUUCUUCACGUUCGACUACGGCUACAACAUGAAGGUGGCCUUGCUGGCCGGUGUGGCGCACACCGCGCUGUGGCUGCGGUACCAGUACCUCAUACGAGAUAGGCCGUACGCGAGGCGGGGCGCGGUGGUCAUCAUCCUCCUCAACGCGGCGAUCUUGCUCGAGGUGAACGACUUCCCCCCCCUGUUCCGCCUGCUCGACGCUCACGCCAUCUGGCACUUCGCGACGAUCCCGCUCAUGUUCCACUGGUAUCACUUUGUGAUCCAGGACGCGAGGCACGAGGUAACUCUGUCUUCGAAAGAAAUCUGAGAAAGUUGCAAGCGGGGUAUUGGUAGCUAUGCCUCUCGCGGCGAACGCUUAUUGCGGUGGUGGUUCAGAAGUGAGACUUCAGGUAUAGACAUUGCCUGCUAUUUCCCGGACCUGGGUUGUACUUAUGUAGGUGUACCGUGGUGGUUUGGAAGGAGACGUCAGGUAGAGAUUCCCUUUUAUUUCCCGGGCCUGGGUAGUACUCAUGUACGCUUGCGGUGGCGUUUGGAAGGAGACAUCAGGUAGACGUUGCUUGCUAUUUCCCGGACCUGGGUACUACUUAUGUAGGUUUGCGGUAGUGGUUUCGGAAGGAGACAGGAGGUAGCCAUUGCCUGCUCUUUGCCGGGUCUUCGUGUCGAUAGCGUAGGCACGUACAGCACUAUUGUAUUAGUAUCGUCGCCGCCCCUGACUAGUAGUGUCGUCGCCGCCCUUGCGCGUCGGGCAGAAGGGUGGCGGGGCUGAUAUGCCGUUCUAUCACCUGGUUUUCUCUCUUGUGGCGUGCUGUUGCAGUCUUCGAAUGUGACUGUCUGUUGAAUGGGUUUUUGUCAAAGGUGGCGGGAAUAGUCAGAGAGGGCGGGCCGAAAUCAAACCUCGAGUAGACUAGUCAGCCCAUUAGACUAGACGAGUCUAGUUUCAUGAUAUGAUUUGGCUUCCAAAACUAAUAGUCUGCUCUGACUGGUCCAGUAGGCUAAUUUCGGCUUCUUCGCCAUGGGGUUGUCUAUCGGUCGUUGUUUGUCUAGAUGCGAAUUCGAGCUGUACGUAUGUGUGCGAGUCUACAUAGCUGUAGCGAAAGAACACCCUGUGUUGCCUCUUGACUCCUGGCGCUGAGUUGUUCCCCAUCCAUGCCCCCCCCUCUUUGUUGUCGGGUCUUGUUAGUUACGGGUCUUGUUAGUUAUCGUUUAUUUUUUCGUCGUGCACUUCGUCCGUUUUGACGUGCUGAGACAGAUGUUUGAUUUGAGCAGGCUUUCAUCAAAGAUGAGAUGUAUGCAUGGGAAUGGCAAGAUUUACGAGUAGAGGUUUUUGUGUCCUGCCUGCUGUUGGGUACCGGGUGUUAACCCAAGUUGAGAGCGAUCGAAGAUGGAGUUUCAUUGCUGUCUCUAU